AUGGCGGCCGGAGAGAUCCAGCAGGACAGCUGCCUCCAGCAGUUGAACAACGGUGCGAACUUCAUGGAUCCAGGCUUCCAACAGAAGCUUGAAGACGAGAAGGAGCUCAUCCAUCGAGCCAUCCAGAAGGAGCUGAAGAUGAAGGAAGGGGCGGAAAACCUGCGCCGGGUGACCACCGACAAGAAGAACCUGGUGCACGUGGACAAUGUCUUGAAAUCUUCCAAGCGCAAACUGGAGCGGCUGCACUUGGAACUCCAACAGCUCAAUGCCCGGAUAGUGGCCACUAAGAAAGAGAAGGAGAAGACAACAGAGGGAAACGUGUCCCCGGACCCUUGUCUCUGGGAAAGGAACCCGAGCCCCGUGACGAGGAGAAUAGAGGCUCUGAAGAAACAGCUUCACAUCGAGCUGAAGGUGAAGCAGGGAGCGGAGAACAUGAUCCAGAUGUAUUCGAGUGCCCCAAGGGAACGGAAGCUCCUGGCUGCCGCUCAACAGAUGCUCCAGGAUAGCAAGAUCAAGAUCGAGUUGAUCCGGAUGCAGAUUGUGAAGGCAUCUCAGAACGGAGGCAUGAUCAGCCUGCUGGAUCUGCAUCUGGAGGAGCUCCGGCAUCACCUGCGGAUUGAAGCCGCGGUGGCUGAAGGAGCCAAAAAUGUGGUGAAGAUUCUGGGCAGCAGGCGAGUGCAGGACCGUAAAGUGUUGGCUGAGGCUCAGGCUUGCUUGCAAGAAUCCGCGCAGAAAAUCGACCUGCUGCGCCUCUCCCUCGAGCGACUCCUGGGCGAACUUUCUCCUGAUCAUCCCAAGAGGACGCUCAUCAAACAGGAGUUGGUGAACACAUUCUGUGUGGGCGCUCAGCAGGGCGGUGGGCAGCCGUUGGCCGCUCUGAUCAAGCCCACGGCCCUCACCGGGACGCUGGAAGUGCGCUUGAUGGGCUGCCAGGAUCUUCUGGAAAGGGUUCCCGGCCGUUCCCGAGUGGCCAGCUCAACGCCUGUAUUCAGGAGCCCCACUGAUUUGAAGCCCUUGACCCGGACGUGGGCCGGCGUGAGCAUCCACGGCCGUGGGGCUGCUACGAAACACGUUUGGAACGAGGAACUGGGCAGCGAAGUUCUCGCUCUGCUCAAGGUGGACAACAAAGUGGUUGGGCACACAAACUGGGGACCAGUGAACAACCAAGCUUGGGACCAAACCUUUAUCAUUGAACUGGAUCGAUCCCGAGAGCUGGAGAUCUCGGUUUAUUGGCGUGACUGGCGAGAGCUGUGCGCAAUAAAAUACUUGCGCUUGGAUGACUUCCUCGAUAAUGAACGCCACGGCAUGUGCCUUGCCCUUGAACCUCAAGGGAUGCUUUUUGCAGAGGUAACAUUCAGCAACCCCGUGAUUGAGAAGCGUUCCAAGCUGCAGCGUCAGAAACGGAUUUUUCCCAAACAAAAAGGGAAAGAGUUCCUUCGAGCCUCUCAGAUGAAUAUCAACAUUGCCACUUGGGGACGUCUAAUGAUGAGCAUCUUACCGCCAUGCAGUUCUCUGACCAACUUGAGCCCCCCUUUUCGGGCUUCCCCCCGCACGGGUCUCACUUCUGCAGCCUCUUCUCCAAGCCAAACUGAACCAGUGCCUAUGUUGGACGGGACUUUGGAAGAAAGAUCCCCCAGAAAGAUGUCUCCCAAACGCAGCGACUGCCCAGUGGUUAAACUGACAUUCGACGACGAACCCCCUCCAAAGCCGCCUCGCCUCUUCCUGGAGCCUUCUCUGAAAAAGCCCGAACAGACUCCUGUGGAUUCUUUGUCUCUCAAAAAACUACACCUCGACGGAAGACCUCUCGGCUCAAAAGCGGCAAGUCAGGCUUCCUUGAGGAAGAAAACCAUCCAGCUGGAGGACUUCUGCUGCCUUGCCAUGCUGGGACGGGGCCACUUUGGAAAGGUGUUGUUGGCACAGUACAAGGCGACAGGCAAGCUGUAUGCCAUCAAAGCCCUGAAGAAGCACGACAUCCUCAGCCGGGAUGAGAUGGACAGCUUGAAUUGCGAGAAGCGAAUCUUUGAAGUGGUCAACUCUUCUGGACACCCUUUCCUGGUGAACAUGUUAGCGUGCUUCCAGACACCAAGCCAUGCGUGUUUUGUGAUGGAAUACACUCCUGGGGGGGACCUCAUGAUGCGCAUUCAUUCUGAUGUCUUUUCAGAGCAUGUGACGCGGUUCUACUCUGCCUGUGUGGUCCUGGGUCUCCAGUUCCUACAUGAUAAGAAUAUAAUUUAUAGGGACCUAAAGUUGGAUAAUCUGCUCUUAGAUGUGCGGGGCUUUGUGAAGAUUGCCGAUUUCGGACUUUGUAAGGAAGGGAUGGGCUUUGGCGACCGGACCAGCACCUUCUGCGGCACCCCGGAGUUCCUGGCUCCAGAAGUGCUCACGGAUCCCUCAUACACUCGGGCAGUAGACUGGUGGGGGCUGGGCGUGCUCAUUUUCGAGAUGCUGGUUGGCGAGUCUCCGUUCCCUGGUGACAAUGAAGAGGAGGUUUUUGACAGCAUUGUCAACGAAGAUGUCUGUUACCCACGAUUCCUUUCUACAGAGACCAUCUCCAUAAUCCGUAAGCUUCUCCGGAAGUGUCCAGAGCGGCGCCUUGGAGCCGGAGUAGCCGAUGCGGAGGAGAUUAAAAUCCAGCCCUUUUUCAAGGAGAUUGACUGGGAUGCCCUGUUUGCCAAGACCGUGAAGCCCCCAUUUGUGCCAACCUUGAGAGGUGCCACUGACAUCAGCAACUUCGACCAGGAGUUCACCUCCCAGAAAGCUGUCCUGACUCCACCCAAUGACCUCCCGGCUCUUACGCCUGAGGAACAGGCCAUCUUCAAGGACUUCGACUUUGUCUCCCGACACCUCCUAGAGGCCUGA